AUGGCAUAUUACGAACCUCAUGGAUGGCAGGCUCCCAUGCGCCAAGCAUCCUGGGAGCAAUCUGUUCCUCCUCGGUCAGGAACCAGCUCGACGUCCCAGCGUGAUGAUGCGGCUGCUUUCUCUUCGCAGUUUGAUGAGGUUGAUCGUGCUAUUGAUAAUCUCGUGAAGAGCGGGAAAUUAUUCAAUGCUAUUCCUCGUCGGGACUCUGUGCCCUUGAUGAUGAGCCGUCCUUACCCGGAUUAUGAUCCUCGCAUGAUGGGCACAAUUACCUCGCGUCAUAACUCGAUUGGCGACUACGAAUCUCUCCGCCCCCACUCUGCAUCCAACGCACAAGGUUUCUAUGCUGCCCAACGUUACCAAGGGCGUCCAAACGAAGUGGAGCAGAUGAUGCAGGCAAAGCGACGGAUGGCAGCACAGCGCGAGGGAGAGCUCCGCAAAUACCACCAUCAACAGCAGAUCCAUCGCCUUUCCUCCGAAAUGUCUGGAAACAAAUCCGAUCGUUCCAUGAGUCCCGCUGCGAUGAGCGAAGAAAGUCGACGCGAAUGGAUUGCACGUCAGCGUCGUGCUUUGUAUGGCAAUGGUAACGCCGAUUUCUACCCCAAUGGUGGGCUUGGCGAGGAGAACCAGUCCUCUGCUACCCCAACAACCAAUGCACCCGGGGUACGCGGUCCUUCCCCUAGAGUUGUAGACCCUUUUGGUCUUGGCCAAACUCAGGGUCAACAGGGUAACUCUGAAGGCGUAACCCAGUCCUCAUCGGGUGCCACCACCAGACCCUCCCCUGUCGUUCCCCAGUCUCGAUCCCGUUCCAACAGCAUUUCCUCCCCCAGCACUGGCCCCACCUCUUACGGUAUAUUUGACAGUGCCAACGCCAGCCAACAGAAGUCACAUGCCUCCACCUCGCCGCUUGGCGGCGGUAACUCGGAGUCCGCAUCAUCCCGUCAACUGGGUUCGAAACAAAACGUUACCGCUGUUGGCCCGAUCGGAUCCCGCCCUGCCCAGCCAUCCAACGCUAGCCAGGCAGUUAACCCGGCUCUCAAUAAACGCUCGACGACCCCACUCCACUCUCCAUUAGGCUACAACUUUGCGUCAAAUGAGAACGCUAGCGCGGGCGGCAAUGGGAACGAACUUUCUACCUCGGCCGCUUCCAACCCUCCCCACCCGGCUACCGCAUCAGCCUCUGGCUCAGGAACGAAUGAGUCCUCCAGUCACGUUGGGCUGGGCUGGGGCAAUGGAAGUGGCGUAUGGAGAUCUAAGAACUCGCUGGGCGUCCAAGCAUCUGUCUGGGGCUAG